AUGGGCCAAAAAAAAAAAAAAUGUCAGGGGCAGCAAGAGGUAGAUAAGAAGCCCGGCGACCAAUCCGCCGCCCACAUCAACCUCAAAGUCAAAGGCCAGGAUGGGAAUGAAGUUUUCUUCAAGAUCAAAAGAACCACACAACUGAAGAAGCUUAUGAAUGCAUAUUGUGAUCGACAGUCCGUGGAUUUCAACUCAAUUGCCUUCUUGUUUGAUGGUCGCCUCCUCCGAGGCAAGCAAACUCCUGACGAGCUUGAAAUGGAAGAUGGUGAUGAGAUUGAUGCUAUGUUGCACCAAACUGGUGGCACAAAUGCUUCUAAUGUGUUCUCAUUUGUGUGAAAGAAAGUUUUAGUGUUACUG